UUUCCAUAUUUAAUAAGGAUCUGCUUCGGUUUGGGGAGGGGGGUGGCAUGGCGGAUCAUGGAAAACCGAUGAUCAAGGCUAUUCGCUUUCCUUUAGAGUCCCCCAGAUCAGAGAGGAUUGCAAAGGCCUGGGUGUGGCUUUCCUGGCACACCUGUCCAACAGGUUGCACCAGGCGGCCGGGGCUUUGUCUCGAGCGCGGUCUGGGCUUGUAGACAGAGGUGGUGUUUCAGAAGAGGCUGCAACUAUUGAAGAACCGGAUGGACGAGUUUAGGAGGGGGAAAAAAAAAUCCAGAAGCCGGCAGGAUGUUAAACCAAAACAGAGCUGGGGAGGGUGGGGGGCGGGAAUAGGACAUCCCAAAAUCUGCCUUUCCAGUCUUCUUUUUUCUUGUUCUUAAUAUAAUCCCUCUCGAAAAAGCCAAACGCUGCCGGAGGAGCCCCGUUCGUUCGUGUCAAAAGGCUGCUGAAAAGAUUCGAAAGCGGCUUUGUUUCCCUUUUUCAAACAGAAUAGAAAAUCCAUAAAAGCCACAAGCACAACUUCCUCUUCUUCUUCUCAGAAUCAGAAUGAGAAUCCCAAAUUCGCUCAGCCCUGCAGGCUGCUGGGGGGCCACUGGUUCAAGCUCCUCUCAUUGCACCCAAGAUCUCACGGCAAACUGCUUUGGGGAGAGGAGCGCAACGUGGGUGAGGCUUGAACACAGAACCGGCUGGGAGGGAAGAGAGAUUGCAAAGGUGCGAGAAAAGAUCGGGAGGCGUCCUGAGACCCAGAAGCCAAAGCUGCCUGAAUUCUUAUCUUUAUCCCUGCAUUUUUUGUCUCUUUAUCUCAACUCGGGCCCAAGAUGGACACUCCCCUGGAAGAAGCGUUAGGACGGAUGGUGGAAACUUUUUACAAAUAUUCCGCGAAGGAGGGUGACAGAUACAAACUCAACAAAAAGGAGAUGAAGGAAUUGCUUCGCGAGGAGAUGCCCAACUUUGUCAAGGGGAAGAUCGACGAGCGCGGCUUUGAGCUCUUGAUGAAGAAACUCGAUGACAACGGAGACGAGGAGUUGGACUUCCAAGAGUACGCCGUUUUCUUGGCACUGACCGCAUCUCUGUGCUACGAAUUCUUCCAGGAAUGUGCCGACGAGAGCAAUCGAAAGAGAUGAGGUUGAUGCUUGGGGUGGGCCGGGGGGAUCUGGGGUGUUACGCGUCCCGUGAAGACCCACAGGAGGUCUCUCCCCAUGAGCAAAUAAAGAUUUUUCAAACGCACAUCCCUUGUCGAUCACAGCCUACAGAUUUUUGGCGAGUGGUUCUGAAGCAGCAAGGGAGCUUCAGGCCUACAGUCUCCAUCGCUUCCAAUUUCAUGUUCUCCGUGCGUGUUGCGUCCUUCCCUACCAUAGGAUCCCGAAAAGUAGAUUUGUACAGCGCUCAGCAACAGACUGCUCCUGGACAUGGAGGUUCUACGUAGCCCUUGCGGGGAGAGGAUCAUGAUUGUAGAGCAAGGGCAGGCUAUGUAUGUCAAGGAUCCCAACUUUAAAUCCAAGAAUUUCCAGGUGUGGUUGGGAAAGACUUGCAGUCCUGAAAAAUCCCAGGGUCUAUACUAAUGGCCCCAAAGGUCUGAUUUGCUGGCAGGCAGCUUCUCGCAUACAUCAGCCCUUAUAUGGAAUCAUGAGGACUAGAAACUUUGUUUUCAGAGGAAGGUUAGCCAAGAGAACAGCACUGUCCUUCAUGCAAGAAUUUCUCAGAUUCAACGUUUCCAGGUAGAAACGUUGAAACUAAUUGAGUGUUAUCCUCAGUUAGAUAGAUCAAGGACACAAACCUUUUUGGAGCAAAUGUGCAAAUUUAAAAGUGAAAAGCUAGGUGUUUCUUCACCCCAAAUAAGAUGGUUGAUGUUUACC